CUAUUGACAUUAACAAGUUCUUUACAUCAACUUGGAUGAAGAUUCCAAAGAUUCAUGUGAAACUAAGCAACUGAUUAUCAUUCCGAUUCCUUUCUCCUUUCUUUGAUCCUGUCAAGAAUGCACCGCAGAAAAAGCUUAUCAGAAUCCCGAAUAUGGUAGAAUUUCAGGCCAAUUACUUGUUCUUGAUUUUCCUAUUGGUGCUGGUGGUCUGCUGCGGUUACAGGAAGAUCAGGUUGAAGCUCGAAGAAUAUUACAAGGUGAGACCAAAAGGAGAUGCAGAUCACGAGAAACAAACCGAUGAAAGUCCUGUGUCAUUGCUGCAAGUCACAGUGUCACGCCCCAUAAGGGUGAUAUUUGGUGAUGAAGCUGUUCUAGAGAAGUAUGAUCCUUCAGAGCUGGCUCAAAUUCCGAAACCUAGGCUCGGGGAGGGGACACUAGGGACUUUAUAUAAGGCUGUGCACAAAUUUGGCUCUACAGUUACUAUCAGGAAGAUACGGAAGGAGGUGGCUAGUUCUGAUGAUUUCGAGUUCUGGAUCAAGUUUUUUGGAGGUCUGCGAAAUGAUUCAAUCUCGAAACCGAUCUUUAGUUUCUGGUAUGGCGGGGAAGCAUUUGUUGUGCAUGAGUACUUCUGUUUAGGGAGUCUGGAGGAGCUUCUACAUGGAACCGAAGGCAUUCAAUAUACGCCAUUAACUUGGAAGAUUCGACAGCAAAUAGCACUCGAUGCAGCCAAGGCAGUGGCUGCAGUACACAAACAAGUGAUAACAAAUGGUAAAGCCCUUGUAUGUGGAGUGAUCAAGGCUUCUAAUAUCUUGAUCAAUAUUGAUUUUUCUGCGCGUCUUUCUAGCUACGAGAUACCAUACCUUAUACCACCUGCAACAAUCAUAAGAAGAAAUCCAGGUCGAAUUGCACCUGAAUUAACACACAGCCAAUACAAAGUUCCUAAAGUUUUUACGCAAAAGUCUGAUGUUUACGGCUUUGGGAUACUGCUUUUAGAGCUUGUGACAGGGAAAAAAGCUUCGGUGACAAACUUGGGGGAGUACAUAAAAGAGAAGAAAAGAAGAGAAGGCUUGGAGGGAAUACCUGAUAAGAGAAUGGUAGAAGUGAACCCGAAUGUGGUUGCUUUUGUUGGCAUUGCAAGACUGUGUCUUCGAAAUGACCCUUAUUCCAGGCCUUCAAUGGAUCAAGUUGUGAAGAUGAUUCAGGAUCUCGAGUGACUGGAUAAUCUUCUUGUAAUGUAUUCCGAGUGUCAUGAUUAAUGAGUUCGGUGCCGGAUAAAAUUUUUAUAUCAAUUCGGGUUUUUUAAAACUCCAUAUAUAUAUUUAAU